AUUUUGUGUAUUUUUGUGUUUUUUCAAUCUACAUCCACGAUUUAUUGCUUUCCUCUACCUCCUUCCUUCUCCCUCUCUCAAUUUUGCAGGAAACGAAAUCAGUUCUGUGCGACUAAAGAGCCUAUGUGACCCCAAGUUGAACUCAAGGAGGCUGGGCCGGAGGAGAAUGAGGUUCCCGUCUCCUCCUUUGAAGAAGAAGAAAAAGAGACCGAUAACUAAAAUGUCUAAGCAAAUUCAUGAAAUCAAGGAUUUCCUCCUAACGGUUAUGAGGAAGGAUGACUGCUCUGUCAAGAACAAGGGGAGUAAGGAUGUUGUUAAGUUCAAGGUUCGCUGCUCCACGUACCUCUAUACCUUGUGUGCAUUUGACUCGGAAAAUGCUGACAAGUUGAAGCAAUCUCUGUCAUCGGGUUUGAGUGUGUAAGAUCUGUGAAGAAAAUGAGUUGAGUUAUGGAGUCUAAGUCGGCAAGGAGAAGGGAAGAAGGAGAGAAGGAUUUGGGGCUAGUAAAGGAGAGAAGGAAGAGAGAAGAUUUGGGAAAUUUAGGGUUA